CCGCGCUCAUCCAGUUAUCCGACGUCGUCGUCGUCAUCGUCAUCAUCGGGUGGCGGUAGUGGUAGUGGUUUACGUGGUUCUUGCCCGCGAGAGAGGCGAUUGCGCCCGCGACAUCGAGGCACCCCACGCACGCGGAACGUCGACGAGUUUUGCGAGUUUCUCUCUUUUUCUCGCGCACGACUACUAUAUUAUUUCUGUCACGCCGUCUGUUGCAUGUGUGUGCAUGUGCGUGUGCGUGUCUAUCGUGAUGGCCGUGCGCGGUACUACGUCGGGCAUCGUGCAUGUUGGUCACCGUCCGGCCGCGGAGGUUCUCUAGUUCCACGCGGAGAGUCGUCGGGCGUAAAAAAAAAUCCGGUGUAGUUCGCCGCCGUCGCGUCGCAUCGCGGGCGCAGCGGACGUUCUUCGGAGCCACGAAGGAGAGCGUCGGUGCCGUCGUCGACGCCGUGCCGUGCCGUGGGUGUCGUCGGGUGUGUAUUUACACGGUGCGCAAUUUCGCUGCCGUGUGGGAUCGAGCGAGAGGUGGGACGGUGAGGCGGACGGGAUAGAGCGAGACGGAGACAGACCGAGCGAGCGAGCCGAGUAUCGCGCGAGCGUCGAAAGUAACGAGUCAUCUACCGAUCCAAGAUGGCAGAAGGCCAGGAGGGUGGUCCGAAGAAGAUCACCGUCAACGUGAAAACCCCGAAGGAGAAGCAGAGCGUGGAGAUCGAGGAGAAUGCGACAAUAAAGGAGUUCAAGGAGGCGGUUUCCAAGAAGUUCAACGCACAGGUCGAUCAGCUGUGCCUCAUUUUCGCCGGCAAGAUCAUGAAGGACCACGAGACCCUUAAAACGCACAACAUCAAGGACGGCCUGACGGUGCACCUGGUGAUCAAGGCGCCGCGCACCGCCACCGCUACACAGAAUCAAGAAUCCAACUCGGUCCCGAGACCGCAAGCUGAUAUCAGUGCCACUCCAUUUGGCUUGGGGAGCUUGGGUGGGCUGAUGGGAUUAGAAUCCCUUGGAUUUGGUUCAGCAAAUUUUAUAGACUUACAGCAGCGCAUGCAACGGGAAUUGCUCACGAAUCCGGAAACGAUGCGCCAGGUGCUUGACAAUCCACUGGUGCAGAGUUUGAUGAACGAUCCAGAGAACAUGCGCAAUCUGGUCACCUCUAACCCCCAAAUGCAGGAGCUGAUGCAACGUAAUCCAGAAAUUAGUCACAUGUUGAACAAUCCUGAACUCCUACGACAAACCAUGGAGUUGGCACGUAAUCCCUCGAUGCUACAGGAACUGAUGCGUUCGCACGAUCGAGCUCUGUCUAAUCUAGAAAGCAUACCCGGCGGCUAUAGCGCCUUACGUCGCAUGUAUCGCGAUAUUCACGAGCCGAUGCUAGCGGCGGCGACAAACGGUCGUAAUCCUUUUGCCGCUCUGGUGGAGAACAGUUCUAAUCAGGACUUGCAGAACCCGCAGCAGGGCCAGGAGAAUCGGGACCCAUUGCCAAAUCCUUGGAAUCAGAAUCAGAACGAUACGAGCGGUACGGGACAACAACAGAGUACGGGACAAGGCAGAGGUCUGUUGGACUCACCAGGUAUGCAGAGUCUCACGGCGCAGAUGAUGGAGAAUCCACAGUUGAUGCGAAAUGUGCUAAACGCUCCAUACACGAGAGCCAUGCUAGAGGCGAUGGCGGCCGAUCCGGCAAUGGCCGGCCGAGUGUUCGCGAUGACUCCGUUCUUACGUAAUAAUCCGCAGAUGCAGGAACAGAUGCGCACGAUGAUACCCGUUUUUAUACAGCAGAUGCAAAAUCCGCAGAUACAGAGCGUCGUCACCAAUCCGGAUGCUCUGGCUGCUAUCAUGCAAAUACAACGGGGUAUGGAACAGCUGCGCACUGUCGCCCCCGAAUUCGUGGAGAACAUGGGUCUUACGGUUCCACCUGCGCCCAUAACACCGAGCACGGGCGGCACGAAUUCGAGCGUACCGACUACCCAGCCAUCGGAUAGUAAUCAACAAGAUGCAUUUUCCCAAUUCAUGGCGCGUAUGGUUUCUGCAAUGGCAUUAAAUCAAGGUGUCGACGUUGAUGGUCAACCUGUACCUCCAGAGGAACGUUACAGAGCACAAUUAGAACAACUCACGGCUAUGGGUUUUCUUAAUAGAGAUGCUAAUUUACAAGCGUUAAUUGCCACAUUUGGAGACAUAAACGCUGCUGUUGAGAGACUACUCUCUAAUGGACAAGUAUCUAUGAGCUAACCACCAAUCCGCAAUACUGUUAUUCCAAUAUUACCUUUAAUUUUAGCCUUAUUUACCUCUUACGUUAAUGUACGUGAGAGAUAUUUGAGGUAACUGGCUGUCAAAAAUUAUAAACUUAUAUCCUCCUCCUUCCUCUUUCUCUUCGCUAUCCCCCUUUUCUCAGUCUUGACGGAAUACACGCUACUCACUCGUUCAAUUUGCAGUUUUUCUUAUUUAGAUUCAGAUUUGUCUGUGUUUUAGAAGCUAGAUAGAGAAAUAUCGAUGGUAUGAAUAUUGCUACUCGUUUUGCGAUCAGUUGCUCACUUUUUCGAAUCUUUGUUUUUGGUUCUUUGCCCUCCAGCCUCUUCGAUGUGCUCUACGUACAGUCAAUUUCUUGUAUUCUUAGGUUUGGAAUCAAGCGUUUUUUUUAUCCUUUUCCUUAGCUGCAAUUUAUUUUAAAGACAGAUACACCGGAUGAAAACGUUGCGCGAUUCUAGCUUUCACUCAUUUUCCCAUUAACUUGUGAGCAUAUAAGUUGCGCUAGACGGUAAUUUGUGAGUAAUGGAAAAACAAGACAAAAAUAAGGAAUAUUAACGAGCUUCAGAUAUGUGUAGUACAAAUUAAAAUGAGAGAUACGUAUUUUUUUAUAAGUGCUUUUUUUACGCACUUGGCAAAACAUCUGGAAAAUUAACUUUUAUUACUAGCGAAAUAUGUUUAGAGUAAAAAGUUGAUUUGUUUCGCUCCUUUACGCAUUAAUAAAAGCACUAAUAAAAUAUGUAUCUCUUAAUUUAAAUUACAAUGUACCUACAAUGUCUCGAUGUGAGGUGGAUAUUCGCGUGUAUUAUUUUAUCUACAUAAGUAAAUAAAUCAUAUUGGCAUCAAAAUUCUUUGACAAACGAAAAUUUAAAUAAAGAGAAUAAGACGGAAGACAGGAUUGACUUAAGAAUAGAACGAUUUCAGAAGUCGAUAAAUUUUGAUCUGUUAAUAUAGAAGUAAAUUGAAUACGAAAUACUUAUGUGAACUGUUUAUACUAUAUAUUAACAAUAAAAAUUAUUUUCAGGAUUGCAAAAUAUUAUCGUAUGAAGCUGCUGCCGCCUGAUCAUGCUGUAUAAAUCAUGGUUUUAUAUAGAUUGCGGGUAAUGUUGAUAUAUUUAACUGAACCAAAUGGCAUUGUUUUUUCCGGGAGUUUCACUGUAGAAUGAACUAGAAUAAAAAAAUCCGGUAAAAAUUAACAUAACGGUAGCAAAAUAUUAAAAAAGAAUACUUUUAUUAGUGCUUUUAUUCAAUUUUAUAUUAUAUAAAAUGAAUAAAUUACAGUAUAAAAUUAACUGCAAUUGAGUCUGUAGCAAAUUUAAUAGAACGCUUUAAUUAAAAAAAAAAAUCUUGACAAUUUUGUUCGUUCUCAAGUUAGUCUCUGUAAAAUUUAUCACAGAUUUGACUCAGUGCGCAAUAAGUUAGAUCGCAACAGCUUCAUAUAUGUUAAUAUUUUGUAACUUUGCAAAUAGUUAUUUUAUUGUUAAUAUGUAGUACAAAUAAUAGGAUUAUAUUCAAUUCAUAUUCUUACGUCUAUAUUAACAAGUCAAAGUUUUCUAUCUGUUCUACAUUUCUAUCCUCUUACCCUCGUUAAAGUGAAAAAAAUCUAGACUAUGGACAAUCUUGGAACACAGGAAAUCGACUGUAGCUCUGUUGGUGUCAUUUUUUUCUUUAAAGUGUUGAGCUGAUAAGUAGAUCUAAUAUGAUGAUAUUAACGACAGUUUAUUAUCGCGUAAUAUCUUUAUGACAUUUCUUAGGAGCAUGAACGGAACCUGUA